AUGGCGGAUCCAGUUCAGUUCACCAAUACCGCAACCUCAGUUUCUCACAACUAUUAUCCACCUACCAUACAUCUACCCCAAUAUGUGGACAAUGAAACCCCUGCAGUUUCGAUAAUUAUUCAAUUCAGCUUUCUAUGGGCAGCUGUAUUGGGAGCAGCCUUGAUCAUCAUAUGUCGUGUGCGACCGACUGCCAGUAAAUCAGAUAAGCUUGCUUUCGUUUGGAUGUGCCUGAGUAAGUUCUACAUUCUCCUUGGCCAUAUGGGAACUUUGAACAUAAGCUCACUGAUAUACAAAAAAGCGGGAUUCAUCCAUUUGUUUUUUGAGGCAUACUUUGUUAUAAAUCAUAAAACACUUGCAGGCUCACAAGAACUAUUCGGCCAGCUAUGGAAGGAAUAUUCUCUUUCCGAUUCUCGUUACUUGACAUCCGAUGCGUUCUUAGUCUCUAUGGAGUUUGUUACUGCGUUCGUUUGGGGCCCUCUUGCCUUCUAUAUCGCAUAUUGCAUUACAGUACAGCAUCCCGCACGUUAUUCUCUACAGCUUGUGAUUUCCGUGGGUCAGGUAUAUGGCGAUGUCCUUUACUAUGCAACGAGCUUGCUUGAAGUCUCGUACUGUCGACCAGAAAGAUAUUACUUUUGGUUUUAUUACUUCUUCUUCAAUUUCAUCUGGAUUCUUGUUGGUUGCUAUUAUGCGAGCCAGAGCAUUACGGAAAUAACGAAGACUUUCGCGAAAACUUCACUCAAGACGAAACUCCCCUGA